CUAAAAGUGAUAUGCCCACUCAUACGAGAGAUUACAAAUAAAUUACAAAUAAAAAUAGAAAUAUGAGGGUUCAUAUUAGGCCAUUUAUCUGCCUGUACAUUUUCGAUGCAAAAAAGAAAAUUUUGGUAGUUAGUUCCUCUCCGACAAAUACUCUGAAGACAACUAUUGGAUUCCCAGUACACAGUUUGUUGAUCAACAAGACAUCAAUCACGUUCCCGAAUCUUUUCAUGGCUGACAUUUAUAUCUAUACUUAAAUCUUGAGAUAUCUCAAAUCAUCAUUCUUCCGCCAUGGACCGGCAGAAAUGUGUAGUGAACGGCGGCAGUUCGUCGGAGACACCUCCGACCACCUCGGUUCUAAGGUACAACUCACCUCUGGUUCAGGUCAUACUGAUCGGUCUGGUUUGCUUCUGUUGUCCGGGGAUGUUCAAUGCCCUCUCCGGCAUGGGCGGCGGCGGCCAAGUCGACCCCACGGCGGCGAACAACGCCAACACCGCCCUCUACUCCACAUUCGCCAUCUUCGGGGUUCUGGGUGGCGGCAUUUACAACAUAUUGGGCCCACAACUCACUCUGCUCGCAGGGUGUUCGACCUAUGUCCUCUAUGCCGGAUCUUUCCUGUACUACAACCAUUACAAGCACCAGGCCUUUGCCAUAGUCGCCGGCGCAUUUCUGGGUGUUGGGGCUGGCCUUGUAUGGGCCUCUCAAGGAGCUAUUAUGACCUCAUACCCUCCCCAUGACCGGAAAGGAACCUACAUCUCCCUGUUCUGGAGCAUUUUCAACAUGGGUGGUGUCAUUGGUGGGCUUAUCCCUUUCAUAUUGAAUUACAAUCGGACAGAUGCAGUCUCUGUUAAUGACGGGACUUACAUUGGAUUCAUGAUCUUCAUGUCCAUCGGCGCAUUUCUAUCGCUGGCGAUUCUCCAUCCCAGUCGAGUUGUCCGCAGUGAUGGAACGAAAUGUACAAACAUCAAAUACUCCAGUGUAGGAGUUGAGCUCAGAGAGAUCUCAAAGCUUUUCUUGAACUGGAGGAUGCUAUUGCUGGUUCCUGCAUCUUUGGCAAGCAACUUUUUCUACAGCUAUCAGUUCACCAAUGUGAACGGGGCGUUGUUUAAUUUAAGAACAAGGGGUUUGAACAAUGUGUUUUACUGGGGUGCUCAGAUGAUUGGGUCAGUGUUCAUUGGGUUCAUAAUGGAUUUCACCUUCAAGAGUAGGAGGACAAGGGGAUUGGUGGGGAUUGCAGUCGUUGGUGCUCUUGGAACUGCCAUUUGGGGAGGUGGGAUUGCGAAUCAGCGUAAAUAUUCGCGUGAUGAUAUGCCUGCUCACAAGCUGGAUUUCAAGGAUGGGUCGGAUUUCGCAGGACCCUUCGUGUUGUACUUUAGCUAUGGCUUGCUUGAUGCCAUGUUUCAGAGUAUGGUGUACUGGAUCAUUGGAGCCUUAGGGGAUGAUUCUGAGAUCCUUAGCAGGUAUGCUGGAUUUUACAAGGGAGUACAGAGUGCAGGAGGAGCUAUAGCAUGGCAAGUGGAUGCCCAAAAGGUGUCAUUCCUUAAACAAUUGAUUGUGAAUUGGGGACUGACAACAGUAAGCUAUCCUCUUCUGGCUCUUCUGGUUUUGUUAGCUGUGAAAGAUGAUGAUGGACACAAGGCAGGAGAGGGAGUGUCCGCAACUGCUCUGUCCUGAGAGAUGCAAAUGGCGGGUAGGGUUAGUAAAUUAUGAACUUAAAGGAAUGCACACGUAAUUUUACUUGCAAUUCACAAUAACCUGUUAUAUUUAUGUCUCUGCUGCUGCUGCUGCUGCUGCUGUACUAGUUAGUUUUAAGGAACACUAACACACACAGUUGUAAAUAUGUUGCCAGGAUUACUGUUUUAUCAAUAAAAGAAUGAGUUUUUCUUUGCU